GGAAGAGCGGACUCUCCAUUCCCUAGCAGCAACUGCACGCCAGCAGCGAGGGGAACCAGCAGGGAGAGCUGGGCAGCGGCACGGCCGAUCCUGGCAGAAGAGUCUGGGCGAUGGAGCUUCCAAGAGACAAAGGAGCUCAAACCUGGCAUUCGAGAUUUUUGCUGAAUCUAGAGAUCAGCUGGGAAUAGCGUGUGAGAGAGACAAACAACCCAUCCUGCGUGUUUGGGGGCGCGUAGGAAACAGACUCGAGGGCGGAGAGGUUGGGGAUUCCCCCGAUCCCAUGAGCUGGGGAGGAAGUUGGGGGGGGGGGUCACCUUUACACACUCCAGGAAAUUCCCUUUUCAUUCAGAUGAUUUAUUGGAUGUGAGGGUUAUUUCCGGACGUACUUUUACGUCACUCACUUUUUGGUCCAUAAGUAGGAUGCGAUUAAUCGUGGACGCAAUCUACAACACACCGGGAAAGCAGCAAGAAAGCAGAAGUAGCUCUGUCUGUACAGAACCUGACAGGACUACGCAGCAACAAGUUUCCUCCCGUGAAGAACCACUGGGAUAUGAUUGUGCUCUGCACUUUAAUCAUCGGUCUCCUGGCUUUCAGCCAAGCAGCUAAUCCUUGCUGCUCAAACCCAUGCCAGAACAGAGGAGUGUGUAUGACGAGAGGUUUUGACCGAUAUGAAUGUGAUUGUACAAGGACAGGAUUUUAUGGGGAAAACUGUACUACACCGGAAUUCUUGACCUGGUUGAAACGGACAUUGAAACCUACUCCAAACACUGUCCACUACAUCCUCACUCACUUCAAAGGUGUCUGGAAUAUAAUAAACAGCAUUCCCUUCUUCCGUGAUUCCAUCAUGAGAUAUGUAUUGACAUCAAGAUCACAUUUGAUUGACAGUCCACCAACAUACAACAGCCAGUAUGGUUACAAAAACUGGGAAGCCUAUUCCAACCUUUCCCUCUAUACUAGAGCCCUCCCACCAGUGGCACUGGACUGCCCAACACCCAUGGGUGUUAAAGGUAAGAAGGAGCUCCCAGAUUCUGCAGUAGUUGUGGAGAAAUUUCUGCUAAGGAAAAAAUUUAUUCCUGAUCCUCAAGGCACAAAUAUGAUGUUCACAUUCUUUGCUCAACAUUUCACCCACCAGUUCUUUAAGACAGAUCACCACAAAGGGCCAGCCUUCACCAAAGCUCUCGGCCAUGGGGUUGACUUGAACCAUGUCUAUGGAGAGACUUUGGAUAGACAACUUAAGUUGCGGCUACUUAAGGAUGGAAAGCUGAAGUAUCAGAUGAUUGAUGGAGAAAUGUACCCUCCCACAGUGAAGGACACUCAGGCAGAAAUGAUCUACCCACCUCAUGUUCCUGAGCACCUGCAAUUUUCUGUAGGCCAUGAGGUGUUUGGUUUGGUCCCAGGUUUAAUGAUGUAUGCCACAAUCUGGCUCAGGGAGCACAAUCGGGUCUGUGACAUCCUUAAGCAGGUGCAUCCAGAAUGGAAUGAUGAGCAGCUGUUCCAAACUACCAGGCUCAUAUUGAUAGGAGAGACCAUCAAGAUUGUCGUUGAAGACUAUGUGCAACAGUUGAGUGGCUACUACUUCAAGCUGAAGUUUGAUCCCGAGCUGCUGUUUAACCAGCAAUUUCAAUAUCAGAAUAGAAUUGCAGCCGAAUUCAACACUCUGUACCACUGGCACCCACUUCUGCCUGACAGUUUUCAGAUCCAUGACCAGGAGUACACUUUCCAGCAAUUUCUCUACAACAACUCUAUCAUGGUGGAACAUGGCCUUUCCCACAUGGUGAAAUCCUUCUCCAAGCAAAUUGCCGGCAGGGUUGCUGGAGGUAAGAACGUUCCUUCUGCAGUACAGAAAGUAGCUAAGGCUUCAAUUGAUCAAAGCAGACAGAUGAGAUACCAGUCCUUGAAUGAGUACCGAAAACGCUUCCUAAUGAAACCUUUUAAGUCAUUUGAGGAACUUACAGGAGAAAAAGAAAUGGCAGCUGAAUUAGAAGAGCUUUAUGGAGACAUUGAUGCUAUGGAGCUGUACCCUGGCCUUCUAGUAGAAAGGCCUCGUCCUGGUGCCAUCUUUGGUGAGACCAUGGUGGAACUUGGAGCACCAUUCUCUUUGAAAGGGCUGAUGGGAAAUGCUAUCUGUUCUCCGGAGUACUGGAAACCAAGCACCUUUGGCGGAAAAGUGGGCUUUGAAAUAAUCAAUACUGCCUCCCUACAAAAGCUCAUCUGCAAUAACGUGAAGGGCUGUCCCAUCACCGCCUUCCAUGUCCUAAACUCUGAUGCCACAGAAACAGCCACCAUUAAUGUCAGCUCCUCAAGCUCCUCAAUGGAGGAUAUCAACCCCACGUUACUAGUGAAAGAGAGAUCCGCUGAAUUGUAAUACAUCAAUUUAUUUAUUUAUUUAAGUAAUUAUAUAAAUUAUUAUAUUUAUAUCUUUAUAUUUAAAAAAUGAAAUCCAGACUAUGUCUUACUAAGACAAGGGUUCCACUGAUCAAGGCAGACCACUGUUUUUAAAGUUUGCAUCACUGGAUCCAUAAUUACAAAUUCUGCAACAGAAAGAAGUAUUCCAAAGUGAAUGGAAAAUGGUCCCUUUUUGUUGUUGGUGGUGGUGUUUUGCCAUAAAACUUGACAGUAAAUGUUUUGUUUUGUCACUUGAUAGGCAACAUAAUGCUACAGGAAUAAGUUAUGUCAACAUAUAUUUUAAUUUGAAAAUGAACUCUCAAAAAACCAAAAAGAUUGGAUUAAUGAAAACUGUAAUAAUUACUAAUUACAGUACCAUAAUAGUAAAUUAAUGUAAAAGAAAUUAUGCAACUUUAAAUGUUUGUAUAAAGUCAGCAAAUGAAAAAGUUAAGUUUCUCACAAACACUACCUCACUAUCAUGCACAUAUUUUAUAUUAACAUUUAACGAAGAGCCUUAACUUUUAUUUUCUGACUUUGGACGUUUAAACCUCUGCUCUAAUGUUCCAUUAAUACUAUUUUUAAAAUUAAAAUUUACUUUAUAAAAAUAUAUACUCUGUGUUUAAAUCCCAAUUAGGUUUUGGAGUUUGCACAACAUAGUCGGGUGGGGGGGAAAGAUUUGCUGCUAUUUAGCUAGAAGUAGUUAUUUGCCAGGCUGGGAUAACAGGGCAUUUAUAUUUUGAUAGCUGUGUUGUAUAUUGCAAGAAAUCAGAGCAAGAAAUUACACAAAAUGAUUUUAUAAUAGCACUUUAGAUUUUUACAUGCAAGGAUCAUUUCAUUAUUUUUAGGAGGGGGUGUAGAAUGGCAUUUUCUGUUAAAACUGCUGGGGGGAUUUAAGUAGAAAGAAUGCAAUUAUACAGGCUGGAAUUGGUUAGAAAACAAUGGCCAGGGAGCUUUACUGACCAUUUGUGGACAAGGCUUCCGUUUUAUAUCACAUGUGAAAGAUACAGUCUUCCCAGCACUGUAUAUACUGCAUCCUUAAUAUAGGAUAGGAAAAUGUUAGCAUGAAUAUGGCCCUGUUACAAUUUGACUGUGACUUUCCCUAAAUUUCAAGUUACUUCUUUUUACACUUUUAUUAUUUUAAUUAGGCUGCUUAUUUUAAGAGACGUUAAUUUGUAACUUUCAAUACUGAUAACUGAGAGGAACACAGUCUAUUGAACACCAAAGUGUAUGAGGUUGGAAGGCUUUUUACAGAUGUGUUUGGGGAUACUUUUAUUUAUUUAUUUUUUCUAUGCAAUGCACAAAGUGGAGAAAGCACAAUGCACAUUAAAAAAUGUUGAGAUUUCUUAUAUUCGGAACUGUAAAUGUUCAUAAAUGGAAGACUAUUCAGGAGGUCAUCUGAAAUGUGAAAUGGAUCAGAACAUGUAAUUCAGAUUCAUUCACCUCCUCCUCAAGAAUACAUUUACCCCAAAACUUUCAACAUUAAUCCACUCUAGAGGGAAAAAAAAAUUGUUUUAAAAUCUGCACCAUCUUAUUGCCUACUCUAUCACAACUGAGUUAGUUUUCAGAAUUAGGGCCCAGUCCUUCUGUUCCUUUGUAUGAAAUUCAAAAUGAGAGUUCCGGAUACAGCCAGUUUGAAUGUAGAUCAUACACUACAUGGGAAAGAAAGCAGGUCUUCCUCUAUUUUGUACAAUGCAAGCACAAUGUCAGCACUCUAUUAAGUAAUAAUAUGUAAUCCCAUCUGAUAGGGUUGGGACGAUUACCAUACAUGGCUAUGACAGCAUGAGAUUAUUUAUAUGAAAUGUUUUAUAAUAAAUAUGUUUGAAUGAUUUUUUCACCUUUAUUUUUUUUACAAAAAGGACAUAUUUAAAAUACAACUGUUAAAAUAAAA